UCUUGAGAAGCAAUGGCCACAGAAGUCCCUGUGAAUAUAGCACCCCCUGAACGCAGCACUGUUGUUAGCACAGCAGCUGACAGCCUCCUCUGGCAGCCAAACUCACUAAAUAUGCAUGUCAUCAGGCCCAAGUCCGCCAAGGGUCGGACACGGCCACUUCUGCACAGAUCCCAGGGCACAGAGCCCUGCUCUCACCACACACUGUCUUCUCCGCCCCCAGCCAUUCCCUGCGAGUCUCCAAGCAGCCAAAAAGCGGGAGCCUGUGCACCCAAGUCUCCAAAUCAGGGAGCUUCUGACGAGAUCCCUGAGCUGCUACAGCAGGUGCCCAUUGGAGCUACCUCUUCUCUUAAUAAAUAUCCAGUCCUUCCUUCCAUCAACAGAAGGAACUUGGAGGAGGGUGCUGUGGAGACAGUGUCUGAAAAGGCCAGCUCGUUGCAACUGAGCAGCAUCCGGGCUCUUUACCAAGAGGAGACCUACGCUAUGAAGACAGGUGAAGAAGAUUCCAGAGCUCAAGCUUGUGCCCUGGAGAGGAAAUUCAUCGCCCGAACCAAGAGACAGAACCCUUCCAGGGCUGGAAACCUGGAGGAACCAUCAGACCAAGAGCCAAGGCUGCUGCUUGCUGUCAGAUCACCAUCAGGCCAAAGGUUUGUACGCCACUUCCGGCCAACUGAUGACUUGCAGACUGUUGUUGCUGUGGCUGAACAGAAGAACAAAACCUCCUACCAACGCUGCAGCAUUGAAACAAUGGAGGUGCCCAGGAGACGUUUCUCUGACCUCACCAAAUCUCUCCAAGAGUGCAGAAUCCCGCACAAGUCAGUGCUGGGCAUCUCACAGGAAGACAGGGAGGGGUGCCCCUGAGUCCACAACCACCCAGCUGGGGUCCUGGGUUUCUGAGCAAGGACCCUGCUGGGUGCUGUGGCCUCCUGGGCAGCGUGUUCCAAGUGCCAUGUGGGCCGGGUGCAGCUGGGCUCCUUGGGGCUCUUGUCUCCACAGCAUGUCCUCAGGCAGUGACACCUGCACUUGUGCUGAGUAGGCUAAGCAGACUCCCUUCCCACUGUUAAUUCUCUCCACCAUCGGUGUGAACUGGCAAGUUACUAAAGCUGUUCCUGAAACAGCUGUGACCAGGGCUUUUCCUUUCCAGAGUUCCAGGUCUUUCUAAAUAACAGUCCUUUCUGGAGCUCCUGCUUGCCUUUACAAUGAACUCUGAUCUUCUCAAAGUCAGUGAUUUGCCUUUCCAUAUUUGAUGCAGGAUUAAACACUUCC